AUGCCAGGUGUGCAGCAUACCUGUGUCGUGGAUGCUGUGGCUGGAGUUAUCUGUUUCGGCGGGAAUGCCUGUGGCCAGCGCGACCUUCCAGAGAAGCUGGGACCAGUGAGGUCAAUAGCGGCAGGCUUCCAGCACACUUGUAUCAUCACAGAAGAAGGUGAUCUGGUAUGCUUUGGAUUGAACGCCUCUGGCCAGUGCGACCCACCCACAGACUUGGGCAAGGUUUUGGCCGUGUCUGCUGGGUUCCAGCACACUUGUGUCAUCAACGCCCGCGGAAAGCUCGUCUGUUUUGGCAGCCAGCGGAAUGGUCGCUGCCGCGUACCCAACAACCUUGGUCCAGUUCUUGCUGUCUGCACCGGAGUCGGCCACACCUGCGCUAUCACCGUUGGAGGCCAUCUGCGCUGCUUCGGGAACAAUGAGGCCGGGCAGUGCGAGGUGCCUGAGAAUCUGGGACUUGUCAAGGCAGUUGCAGCAGGCCAGAGGCACACUUGUGCUCUACAGACCGACGGUGUACUGCGCUGUUUUGGGGGUAAUGAGGAUGGCCAGUGCAAUGUGCCUGAGGACCUGGGCCGUGUCAUUGCAGUUGCAGCAGGGGUUGCGCACACAUGCGCCUUGACAGCCAAAGGGCGCUUGGUAUGCUUUGGGAACAACACUGCCGGGCAGUGCAAUGUGCCAGACCACGGACCUUUUGUUGCCGUGGUGGCAGGCUACCAGCACACUUGUGCAGUGCGGGCCACUGGCGAGAUCGUAUGUUUUGGAGCCAACGCGAGCGGACAGUGUGAGGUACCCACAUGCCUGGUUAACGCAGGUUGA